CUGACAUUCUGAAAAGCUUAGCAACGUUUUCCAGAGCUUUUGGCUACCUCUGCGGGCCCUUGGUCGGAGUACUCCUGAGAAUACAGUCAAAAGAAAGUUCUCCAAAACAGAGCAGUCUGAAAUUGGGGAUGGCAACUGCAUUGGUGAGUGCUCAUUCCAUUUCUCCUCUGAAUCUGAAGAAGAAGAAACUUUGGGUAAUGAAGGAGGAUUGAUAUUACUCUACUUGAAAACAAGGAUUCAAGCUGUAAGGAAAUAGGAAAGGCCUUGGACAGAGCCAUUUACAAAUAAUUCAGGCAGUUGUGUAAUGAAGAAAUCACAGAACUUGAGAGACUUUGAGCCAUCUCUGCAACAUCUGCCAAUAGUGGCUGAGCCUGAGCGAAGAACAGACCCUGGAGCUGCUGGUGCUCCAGCAAUUCCCAGCCAUCCUGCUCAAGGAGUCCCAGGACUGAGUGCAGGACCAUUGGCCAGAGAGUAGGGAGGACUUGGUUGUUGUAUUGGAGCAUUUAGCAGGAGAAACAGGACAAGAGGAGAUAGAACCAAACCAGGCAAAGAAAUAAAAAAUGUUUGUGGAAGAAGCAGCCCCUCUGAAAAGAGGGCAAGAACAGCAGGUCCUAUCCAAGUGUGACAUUCAAAAACCUGAGAAAGAGAAGGGUGAAGAGACAAGGAUUAAGAACGGGAAUCUUGUUUUAGUGACCAACUCUUGUGGAAAAGUGGAAUCAUCUAGGAAAAUUUCUGAACCUAUAGAAGCUCUUUAUGAAGACUCUGAUUUGGGAAGGGAGCAGGCUAAGCCCAAGGAGAAGACUGACUAUAAAUGCUGAGAAUGUAGGGAGGGAAUUAUCCAGCAUUCAGACCUGAUUGAACAUGGACUUGUACCCAUGGGAGAAAAGCUCAGUGAAUCUGAAGGCUGUCAGAGUUCUACUCUUACUGGACAUCAGAAAAUUCUUUCUAGAGAGAAAGGUCAUCAGUGCCAUGAAUGUGGGAAAGUCUUUCAGAGAAGCUCACAUCUUGUCAGACAUCAGAAAAUCCAUCUUGGUGAGAAGCCAUAUCAGUGCAAAGAGUGUAGAAAAGUCUUCAGCCAGAAUGCAGGCCUUUUGGAACAUCUCAGAAUCCAUACUGGAGAGAAACCUUAUCUAUGUAUCCAUUGUGGAAAGAACUUUAGGCGUAGCUCUCACCUUAAUCGACACCAGAGAAUUCAUAGUCAGGAGGAACCUUGUGAAUGCAAGGAGUGUGGAAAAACAUUUAGUCAGGCCUUGCUCCUCACCCACCAUCAGAGAAUCCACAGUCAUUCCAAAAGCCAUCAGUGUAAUGAGUGUGGGAAAACCUUCAGUUUGACCUCAGACCUUAUUCGACAUCAUAGGAUUCACACUGGAGAAAAACCUUUCAAGUGUAAUGUAUGCCAGAAAGCAUUCCGACUUAACUCACACCUCAAUCAGCACAUAAGAAUCCACAACGAAGAAAAGCCCUAUGAGUGUAAUGAAUGUGGAGAAGCCUUCAGACAGAAGUCAGGUCUCUUUCAGCAUCAGAGACACCACCACAAAGGCAAACUGGCUUGAUGAGGUGUUCUCUUCCUGUAGAACGUCAGAAAGUAUACAUUGAGAAGCAAACAGCACUUUAGGAAAAGUUAUUCUGGCCAACAUCAGAAUUCUUAGGGAUUGAGUUGGAAGCUGUUUGCCUCCAUUCUCUGUCCUUUGCUUUCCUUGAAGUUAGUUUUGGAGCCAAAUAAUUUCACCCUAGACAGUAUAGUGAGAUCAGAGUUAAAUAGCUUUCUUUACUAUAAGACUUCUCAGAAUUUUUAAUGUGUUAAUGAAUGAUUAUGGAUCUCCAAGAAAUAGCCUCAUGAAUGAGUGAGGUCUUUGAAAUUAUCAGCAAAUAUAAUGUACACUGAUUCAUUAGACUUGUGUCAGGGGCAGGUUGAUAUUUUUUGCAAAUGAUAUAGCAACAGACUCCUAUAAAACUCAUGAUGUCUGGAAGUAUACCACUCUCAAAGUUGUCUUAAAGUAUGGGUUAAUAGUGAAUUCUUUUCCCUAACAGGCUCUACCCCUCCCUCCGACUAGCCUUACCUUUAUCCCUCCAACUCUACCCCCCAUGCACAGAGGAAGCAUUUUGGAAAGCAAGGAUGAUCCUUUCCUGGUUAAUAAUAGAACUUGCCUUCAGAAUUAUGUCAUUUCAUUUUUACAUUUUCUAUCCCCACCCCAGUAUCUCAUUAAUUCAAGAUAUUAAUCAAAGUUUUACAGUCUGUGGAAGAGAUAUUACAUUUUGAACUGUACUGAAUUAAUCCAAAUAGCAACUGUCUUACUUGGUAACUCCAGUGCCAGUACAGUAACUACUGCAUAUAUACUAUUCAAUAAAUAUCCACCGAAAGAUAUUGGACUUAUUCCCUUUAAUAUUGAUGAUGCAGUUUUUAAAUGUUGCUUGUUUGGGAAUUCUUUGAAAGUCAAACAAUAAAAUCAUCUUGGAGAGAAGAUUAUGAUCUUUAUAUCAUGAAUAAUGAAGUUUCAUGAUAAUGACAAAGAAUCUUAAGCUUAGAGUAGUCCAUUCCCAAGCAUAAUAAUAGCAUCACUAACUGGUCAGUAGUAGCUGCAUAAGGUACUGCUCUUUGGAGAAGCUGUCUUAGUUCACCAGUGUGGGAAAAUUAGUGAAUCCUCACAAUGCAAUGUCCACUAAUAUAUCCAUUGUGGAAAGAACUUUAGGCUCAGCUCUUACCAGACAAUUGUUAACACCAGACAAUUCAGUCAAGAGGAACCUUGUAAGUGCAAAGAAUAUAAAAAAACUUUAGUCAGGUCCUGAUGUUCACUCACUAUCAGAGAA